CCGAUGAUUAUCUGACCGGACUGUGCAUUGCCGAUUUUACUUAUUGAUAUCAUUUGGAAUACUUCUGUUUUAAUCAUCAGUUCAGCAUGGUUUACUUUCAAGGAAUCGGAUUGGUCAAAGGUUUAUGUAACCUUUCUUAUGAUUGGUUCGUGGAUAUUUCGCUCACUGUUUCCCACGAUUUUCUGCAGUCAAGACGUGCUUCAUGCAGUCUUAGUUUUAGUAACUUUUAAAAUCCUUGCGAGUCUUUUUGAGGUUUGUUUCAAGGUAUGCAUUCCUAGUUUUAUCCAUGUAUUUGUCUGUGUUCUCGCUGAGAUGAUUUAUGUCAUUUUGUGUAGCGCUUUUAUUCGCGAUUGUCCGAGAUAAGGUGUUAUCCGAAAAGCGGUAUAUUAUUCUAUAAAAUAACAUAACAAUUGAUCUUUUCACUUAUCAUAUAAUCUAUGUACACUUACUAUUCUUUUAACUUACUUUUUAGAGACUAACUAACCAUUUCAAUCACUGUGAGUGAGGGGAGGCGUACUGAAGUUUUCAAUACCACAUAUUGGUAAGUACAGUGUAUGAAUGUUGUAUGUUGUAUACGCUGUACAAUGUUUUUGUAUUUGCUUUGACCGUUUGUCAUUGUGGUUAUAUGUUCUUUUGUAUUACAUUGUAUGCCAUGUUUGUACAUGUCAUUGUGUGUUAUGUGUUAUAUUGUAUAUCAGAUACAUAUAGGCCACUAGCAGUCUUUUAUCUCAUCUUCUAUUUAUAUAUGUAUGUGUCUUGAGUACAUUGUUUAUGUAUAUAAUAUAUCUUGCAGAUUACAAGUCUUCAGAACCUGACUUAAGUUGGUACUUAUAUCCCCGGAUUACCAUACUGUUAUAACUGGCGCCCAACGAAACCAAACCCGUACAGACCCCAGACAGAGUGAGUGACUACGGAGCCUGGAAAGAAGGAUCCUGGCUGACCCCGGACAGAGUGAGUGACUGAGGAGCCUGGAAAGAAGGAUCCUGGCUGACCCCGUACAGAGCAAUUCGUUGAAGAGUCUGAAGACGAGGAUUCUGACAGACCUGGGCAGAUUCCGUAGCUGAGAAGCCUAAAAACGAGGACGUUUUUUUUUAGGCAAGGGAGAACUCUUGUGAUAAAAGUGUGCUUGAUCUAGCUCAUGAGUCCUGUCAACAGUAUUUAUAUCAGGACUGAGGAUUAUGUGCAUUUAAUUAAGUAACAGUGCUUUCAUUAAACAGAGCAUAUAUUUUUUUAAGUGAGCUAUUACACAAACUUUGUUGCUUGCAACCAGUAAGCUGGAGGGAUCGAGGCGUAUUUCAGAAGACAUUACAAGGAGGAUUCACCAGUGGACCAGGAGGUUUCAGUGACCACGAACACUGUCAUUACUUUUAACAUUAUUCAAGUGCUAAAAUAUUUUUUUAUAAUUGCUAUAUUAACAAUUGUGCUAGUGGCUGUUAUUCACAAUUUGCGAGUGGAUUCAAAGUAUAAAGCAUUCUACUGAGGGCGUGAUGAAUACAAUCUCAUGGCAAAACAAUGGCAACUUAUGGCCAAUUAUUGAAGGAUAAGAAAGCACAGAACUGGGUCAAGGCUGCCUUCGCCCUCAAUAUAACCAAGGAGGGUCUACAGCCUCUGGUAGAGGAUGUGCUGACAUGCGUUCACCAGGACAUCUAUAACAACGUCAGAACAUCUAAGGGUCUUCCAGGCGGGGCAACAUGUGCACAAUGUUUCACCGAGAACGUGUUGAAUUGCCCUACUCGUGGGAUAUGCACCAGUACUAGAAACUGUAAAUUUCAUAACUCCCCUCAAAAGCUGUAUUCUCCGUGUCCAAACGGGAUUUGUAAAGGCGUCCAUGAUGAAAUAGUCAAACAUCACAGGUUUUCGGGACCAUCAUGGAAGAACACAAAUGCCGACAAAUGGUGUACGAGCCACUGGGAGAUCGGCAAGUGUUUCCUGCCUCCUGAUGGCUAUAAGACCGUGUCCUCCAUCAAAGACAGUGACUUUAACGGAGUGAUCAGCGUCAUGAUGAAUUGUAAGGAUUUCCAGAACAAGCUGUCAUUUAACGUUGCGACACAGCCAAAUUUGUUAACAGAGGUUCGGGACAUUGGUCGACGAGUACGCCACUCCAAUGACCAGAAGGUCAAGGACACGGAACUAGUGGACUUCCUGUUCAAGCUCCGCACCCUGCUGGAGGACAAGACUGAACUAGCAAACCGACCAGAAGCACAACAUGCCGUGGAACAGCUUAAGAAGCUGCAAACAGACGAUUUCAAGAUAAGCGCUGAGAACGAAGGAGAGAUGUUGAAGGAAGGAUUACGACUACGUUUGGCAAACCAUUACCGAACCACGUUGGCCGACAUGCCGAUAUCUCCCAUUCUUGGAGAAAAGAACGCAAAACUCAGGAAAUUCUACGUGGCACCGAAAAUUGUGGAGAAAGAUCAUAGAAAAAUCGGCGAAAUUGACAAGGGAGAAAGUGGUCAAGAAGUUGCAAAGUUUUCAGAUGUUUUCUUAAAAAAACGGUCAGUUGCUCAGUAA